AUGGAGACGCCCAAGUUCACGCUCAACCUUCCGACGAAGGCGAAGCGGACGGCGGUGAGGGGUCUGCCACCUCUCGAUCUGGUGCAGGCCAACUUAGAUCAGCCAACAGAGCCCCGUGUCUAUGAAGUUCUGAGGAAAGCCGAGGCGGGUAGGGUCACAGCGAAAAAAUACCUUGGACCCAAGCUGCCGCCGAUCAAUGUCGUCAGCGACACCAAGCGACCGACGGACAACAAGCCUGUCUAUGUGGACGGACAGGGCCGGCUCUACGACGCCUUCUACCGGCCCUUCACCGAGCAGGACUCGAAGCGGCUCAUGUCCAGCCGGCUGGAGCAGCCGGGCGCCUUCCCGUCGCACCUCGACUACGCCACCUUCUCCGAGUACCAGGCCGCGGUGCUGGCCUGGCGGCAGCGCACCGAGGAGUCCCUCGCUAAUCUGCAGCUGCCGCAGCUGAUGGGCCGGGCCUACCCGCGCCCGCGCGUGCCCAAGCUGAGCGCCGACGAGGCCGAGGAGGAGGACAACCGCAGCGACGCCGACGACGACAACGACGGCACCCAUGGCGGAGCCCAUUGGGCACGACUCACUGCCGCCGUCACAAAGCCGUCCGACAUCCCCGACCCUCCCAAGGGAGCGACCCGAGGACACGGUGCUGCACCUGCCGCCUGCGGCCCUGCGCACUCCGUUCUGGCUAAGCUGAUGACGAUGGCACUGACGAUGGAGCUGGCUGCGGAAGACCCGGUCCGGCAAGAGGACACCUGGGACCAUCAGCUCUUUCCCCGCCAGCCGAUUCCCGACCUCUACGGAUCGUUCGAAGGUGAGUAUGAACACGCCCUCAAGCGCUGGGCGCUGGUGGUGACCAGCCUGCUGGAUAUCAUCCCGCCACACCCUGUCCAGCUGAUCGAGAUGAUCAAGCCAGCCGCCUCAGUUCAGAAACCGGUAAAGGAUUCUGUGAGCCUGGCCAUGGCCAUUCGCCGCCGAUCGUACGCUGCAGAGGUCGAUGAUGAGUACCACGAGCAGGUCAAGAAACCCAUCUUUAACGCUGAAGAUGCCACCAAGGAACUGCUCUACAGCACCUUCGUCUACAACCCUCGCCCGCCUCCAGCUACAAAGACGGGAUGGGAGAGAAAGACGGAUAAGUUUGUCGCCCGCGACAAGUGGAUUCAACUGCCGGUGAACGUGCAACGCGAGAUCACUCGCCGCAUCAAGGUCAUCGUUCAGAAAAGGCUCAUCGCUGUGCGACGCACGGACCUCUCAAGCGAAGAGGCAGCCUCGUCAACCGAUUCUCCCGCACUGGUGGGCCGAAAGCCGGUGCUGUUCUACCUUCCCGUUGAUGACAUUGGUCCGAUCAACGUCAAGCGAUUGAGCGUCGACAAUGAGUACAAGCAGCAGUGGGCGAGACAGUUGCGAGCCCUCCAGACCGUGGGCAGGCACGACCGCUUGCAGUCCUGGUUUUGGCCACAGGUCAAGGACGCGGUCCACGACCGGCACGUCGCUGAGCUGGCCCGCCUGGCUGAGCGGCGGAGCUCAUCGGCCAUGCCACCGGCGCAGUUCAUCCGCCAGAUGCUCAGCACGCACAUCUACCUGGACAAAUUCACCAAGCUCCUAUCCCAACACACGUCGAUCGACGACGGCGAAAUGGAGUACGGCGACGAGAAGCUGACCUACGAGCAGCUGCUCCUGCAAUGCGUCAGCCCCGACACGUUCAGCAGGGACGUGCUGUCGCUGUUCGACGACAGCGCCUCAGAGCUGACCCACGCCAAGCUGGCCUACUUCGUGGGGCAGGUGAUGCAAUCCCGCAUCGCCAAGCAAGUGCUCGAGGGCCUCGUGUCUAGCCCAGACGCGACCGGGCUCUACUAUUUUGCGCACGCGAUGACGCUAUUCGAUGAGAUACCCGUGGAUCUGUGGCCCUAUCGCGCCUCGACCAUGGAGUCGGUGUUUGUGCAUACGGCGAGCCGCAAGCGGGCCGACGUCGAGCCGCUGCUGACCGCCCUGUUCCGGCACUACUACCUCAAGGCGGCCUACGCCACGGCCAAGAAACAGAACCUCCUCUACUUUUCCAUCACCUAUGAGCUCGCCCGCGCCGUCAAGGGGCUGGCCUGGCGAGACUACGCAUUCAUCCAUACCGACAUGUUCAAUGGGGUCCGAUCCCAGUCUUCGCGGAUCAGCGCGGUGUGGCUCUUCGUGUGGGUCCAGCUCCUGCGCCACGACUCGGAGGCCGUGCGGGCUGCGUUGGCCGCCCCGCAAGCGCGGCUCAUCCCCAACCUGCGGUGCAUGGGGACCGACGGCGUGGGCAGGUGGCGCCACGUCCAGUACGCCGUGCGCCGUAUUUUCGAGGUGAUGAUGAACAGCGAGUUCUGGAGUGGCGCGUUGCACGCCUACUACUCGGACUCGGUCACCAAGCACCACAUAAUCAUGGACCUGUCUGAGUUGACGGAGAACUACGGGUCGUAUGCGGCGAAGAGCGACCGCCCGCCCGCGUUGCUGUCGCAGAUGGUCGCGGAGCUGUGCACGCGGGCAAUGCAGGCCCGGACGGGCAAGCUCAUGCUUACUGGCCGCCUCUUUCGUGAGCUCUGGGCCACGAUCAAAUCCGUGCCCAAUUCCCAGAUUUUGGAGCUGCUAACGGGACUGCUGGCCGAUCUGGCCAAGACUCUGCUCGAGCGGGGCGACAUCGGUGGCGGAGAUUGGGACAUCUGCAAAGCGGCCUGGAAGCUCUUCUACACGGUCGUCAAGUACCAGCCGGGCACCCUUCCGCGGCUCCUCACCACCAAGCUCCUCAAACAGGUCGACGGCCAGUGGGUCGACGCCGGCAACUCCGGACCCGUGUUGGAGUUCGUGCUCGUCAUGUCGUCCAUGCCGGACAUGGUCAUCGCCAACAGCUUUCACUAUCUCGCCAAGGUCUUCCUGCUGGAGGCGAGCGAGCGACGGAGACGGGAGCAGGGCCGGCCGCCGAUACGUAAGGACGGCGGGUCGGGCCAGCUGGAGCGGGACGUCAAGGAGCUGGUCAGCUUCUACCAACAGAAGGCGACGUUCCUCCACGUCAACAUCACCUACACCCACUUCGCCAUGGCCGACCGAACCGAGGCCCAGGCCAAGUUCCAGCAGAUGGCCCUCUUCUACCACGCCAUCACCACCUCCCCCGCCUGCGCCCCCAUCUACCAGGCCGCCCUCAAGAACGCGUCGUAUGCUGCGGGCAUAGAGAAGAUGAAGGCGUUGUACAUCCCCAAGAGCAAGUACUACUCGGCCGGCAGCGCAGCCAAAUAA